AUGCCUGCAUCAGCAAAGCGCUCCCAGCGCACCCGUCGCGACACCCGCCGGGACACCUCUCCCGCCGCAAGAGUCGAUGAUAGCUCACCUAGUCGCCCGGCCAAGCGUCGCAAGAAGGUUGAAGAACCGCCGCCAGUCGAGCCCGCCGACGAAGACGAGUCCAGUCUCACCGCCGAUCAGUCCGGUCAGCCCUCCAGCGACGAUGAUCAGCUACUCUCCCAGGUCGUCCAGCAUUUGACUUAUCCCAAAGAAGGGCCUGUGCAAGCCAGCAAAGACCAUGCAAACUCAAUGCAUGAAGCCAACAAAAACGGCGUUCAGGCGUAUGCUAAGAUCGCCGCACAGGAUUGGACCUUUUACAUUACGAAACUUAACGUCAAUAUUGGUCGCUCGGCUGAAGGUGUCGACGAGGAUGACGAGGACUUCAUCCACAUCGAUCUUGGCCCGAGUAAAAUGGUCUCUAGACAACACGCUCGCAUUUACUUCAGUUCGAAAGAAGAGGUCUGGUUCCUCGAAGUCAAGGGAAGGAACGGUGUCCGAGUGGAUGGCGUGUCCUUGAAAGCAGGUCAUUCGAACCCUCUUCAGAGCGGUCAAGUACUCGACAUCGGUAACACAGAGAUGAUGUUCGUCCUGCCGACAGAGGUCACCCCUCUCCACAUCCACAAUCUCUACCUGAAGAGGGCUGGUUUGUCACGACAAGAUAUCACAAGUCCCGCUCAGCCCAGAACAGAUUUGCCAGAGGAGCCGUCUUCAGCUCUGGGAUCAACAAUCAGGAGUUCGCGAGGCCAGCCCUUCCGCCAGCCCAUAGCUCCGGCACCAGCAGAUUACAAGCGACCUGGGACCCCUCCCUCUGUGCGUGGGAAGCCCACACCAUCGCAACACAAGUCGCCACAUUAUUCGAGCUCGGGCACUCUUUUGGUGAACUCGAAUGACAUUGAUCUUAGUCACGACGAUAAUAAGCACAUCAAGCCACAAUACAGUUACGCGCAAAUGAUCACUCAGGCCAUUAUCAAUACGCCCGAAGGGAAGCUCAAUUUGAAUGGUAUCUACAACUUUAUCAUGAACAACUACGCCUACUAUAGGCACCAGCAAGCCGCAGGAUGGCAGGUACGUUUCAUGUGA